AUGCUUCGUUCAAAAGCGGCAAGCUAUCUGGGGCGUUCCAAAUUCUUUGCUUUGGGCCAAAGUCGUCUUAGUGGCCAAUGUUUGCAGCAAUUGCUGCAUUUUCAUUCGGUGACAGCGACUUGGUCCGCUGCCAAGACUCCGAUGAAGCCCCACUAUGUAAAUUGUCUCGGAUUCGGCUUUCGCUGUUGGGUAUCUGCUGCUCAGCAAAUUUUUGUCCAAAGCGGUAUUCCACGAUACCCAACAGGUCACGCCACGUAA